CUUCCCGCUACAGCUUUGGGCUUCAACCCCCCUGAUCUUGACAUUAUGGACAGGCCACCAAGGAAAGCCGAUGAGGGUCUGAUCACUGGAUGGUUGUUCUUCAGGUACAUGGCCAUUGGUGGAUACGUCGGUGCUGCCACCGUUUCCGGUGCUACCUGGUGGUUCAUGGUUGCCCCCGAUGGCCCUCAUCUCACUUAUUGGCAAUUGACCCAUCACUUGACCUGCUUCACUGAGCCCGAGAAAUUCAGUGGAUAUGAAUGCUCAAUCUUCAAAGAUCCUCACCCCAUGACCAUGGCUCUGUCUGUACUGGUAACAAUUGAGAUGUUAAACGCCAUGAACAGCUUGUCUGAGAAUCAGUCCCUUCUUAUCAUGCCACCAUGGAUCAACAUCUGGCUGUUGUUGGCCAUGGCUCUCUCAUUCUCUCUUCACUUCGUCAUUUUGUAUGUUGAUCUCUUGUCUUCUGUCUUCUCUGUCACUCCUUUGAAUGGUGAAGAAUGGUUCGCUGUCAUGAAGAUGUCUAUUCCUGUGGUACUAAUAGACGAAGUCCUCAAGUUCAUCGCCAGGAAAUACAUUGAU